AUGACCGAAGCCGCAGGUCUGGCUCUGGGCGUUGUUGCCCUUUGGAAGACAUGCGUAGAUGUAUUCGAUGUUAUCGAUUCCGGACGCAGCUAUGGUAUGGAUUACGAGCUUCUCCGUGUGAAGCUCGAGGUGGAGCGAAUCCGUCUGGUGACAUGGGGCGACAUGAUAGGCCUGGAUGGGGAGAAUUCAACAACGCGACCCGAUACGCGACCCGAUACGCGACUCCAGCAGAGUAAUGUGAAUGAGACAGUGAUGCGACUCCUUGGUUGUAUCCAGCACAUCUUCGAUAACUCAGAGCGACUGCAGAGUAAUUACGGGCUCCGGCCGUCGGAGGGCCAGACGCAGAAUGCUAGUAUCGAUGUCGGGGUUGGGCCUGGGAUCUUAGGUGCAGUGUUUAGGAGACCGUAUGAGAAUCUGCGAAGGGCUGCGAGGGAUAGACAGAGAGACACGAAGUUGAGGAAGAAGGCGUUGUGGGCUAUUCAUGAUAGACGCAAGUUUCAGACCAUGAUCAUGGAGAUCAAGGGGUUCAACGACAAUUUGGAGAGCUUGUUUCCCGGAUCACGGCUUCAGGUUGCGGAGGCGUUGAGGAUAGAUGUGGAGAAUAGUGCUGCGGUUGAAGAACUUCAGCUAUUGCAGGAAGCAACGUCUGAAGAUCAUGAAAUCCUGUCUGACGUUGCAUCGGCCAGACUAGAGGCUUUGGGCGCCAGUACUGUGAGAUCAGAGUUACUCACUGACAGGAGCACUAAAGGUGCCCUAUCUAUCAGUAUUCAUGAUCCACAAAGCUAUUCUUCCAAGGUUUCGGCGUAUGUUUAUUACGAGGGGCAGGGAGAGGAUCGCUGGUGGUCGCGAAAUGAAGACGGUUAUGUAGAACCAAUACAUGCAUGCUUUGAGCUAUAUAAGAGAAAGAAGUUCCACGCCAAACGGAGGGGAAAAGAUUAUGACUUAGGCACUGAAGACGACAAUGUUCUAUUCAGCGUCGAAAGCAACUCGGAAUACGAAAACGCCAACCCAGGAACCGUCACAGUCAAAGGAUUCGCACUUGACGCGUGGGACUACGAAGACACCAACUACCCUCGUGAGUCCACCGUUUUUACCAAUGCCUCUGAUCCGGGAAACAUUACUGCUAAAAAGUUGCUGCGCCGAAUCGACGAACUCCAGAAAGGCGCUGGAAAACUCGGGUGGAAUCGUGAAAUAGAUCUUAUGGAUAUGAGAGAGUUUACUGGAAGCAUGGGCAUUACGUACUACGAUGCCUCGUAUGAGUUCCGAUCGAGCAGCCAGUUGUCCAAUUUAUACAGCAUGCUUAAUCGCUCCGACAUUUUCGUGAAUUUCCUCGGUACAUCAAGCAUCUGUCUCGAAUGGAACAACCCAAAGAAGAACGGCGGCGGAGUCUGGAAUUUGCUCUGGCAAGUCAUCCUAGCCAAGGAGCUUGCACGGCGACUAGAGAGCAAGACUGAUGACAGUUGGACUUCAGGGUUCACCCCUCGAGUUCUUGCAUCCCUCAUCGUGAGCGACCUCUGGCUCAAAAAUGUAGAAAUUGUGCUUGGAGAACCAAGAUUCAGUUUAGCAGACCUCAAGGGCGCAGAGAACGCAGCAGAAAAACGUGCCAUCGAGUUCGCGGGCAACGAUGUCUCCGCCGCCAUGCGGACUGGUCUCGCCAACGCAAAGGCCCAACAAGAGGCUGAGCUCAAGAAAAUCAACGAAGAGAAAGACCUCAAGAAGCACGAAGAGCUGCGAAAAGCGUAUGUAGAACAAGACUACGACACAUUGAUGAAGGGGGUUGAAAUGCACUCGCGCUGCCAUGAGCAACAGGUGGAAGGACUGCUGCUGUUUGCCGAGAAAAUAAAGUGGCCAUGGAUCAACGAGGUAAGAAACUACGCAGAAGAAGCAUACAGUGAUUUGCGAGGGGGGCAGACUCUUCCUGCAGACUUGCACGACUGGCUCUUUGGCAUGACACUUCCGGGUCAAUGGUUUGCAUUCAAGAUCAUGACCGCAUUGAUCCUAUGCACGCCAUCCAUCAAGCAAAAGGCCGGCAUAGCUCCCUUCUUCGACUGCGGCCUCUCCCUCCCCAAGAAAUCAUACUGGAGAGUCCGUACAGUACUUGGUCGAGUCCUGGGCUGUCUCCCAGGCAUCAUCUCCCUCUGCGGGUGGAUCGGACCUUGCCCACCCGUAGAAUUCCUCUCCCCAGUCCCCGAGGACGCAGACAAACCCCACCACGUCCGAUUAAAAGCGCGCAACCUCAGUCUUGUAAAGCACAUAUCCCGGGACCCCAGUGCACCAAUCUUAAUCGGCAGCUCCAGCCACCGCUACGAUGACACGCAGCCGAAAGAAGGCGAAGAAAUCGAGCCCUGGAUGGCCGACAUGCGCAACGCAAGCAAUUGGAUUGUCCCCGAGCCCCCCGUCAAGCAAGUCAGCACCUGCGAACUGAAGACCAUACAGCUCAAGCGCAACAACGCAGGCACAGGCUCCAUCGAAGACGAAGAAAAAGCCAUGUACCUCGCCCAACUCGUCUUCAAACGAGACGACAGCCCGGACCUCCAAACAUACAAACUCUUCACCAACCCCGUCUUCGUAACACCCCCGCCCUGUCGUCCUGGUCCAAAGGGCGCCCAUGAAAUUCAUCUAAGGGAGCUGCAUAGAUAUAGUGAGAAAAGCAUUUGGACGAUUGAGCAGCUGAGGGAGCACACGGCUGAGGAUACCGAGGAUAUCGAUGUCAUGGUAAUCAAUGCUACGGGAAAGGGAGCAGAGUUGUUGGCGAGGGCUUGGUGUUCGGAGAGGGGGAAAAAUGCGGUUAUACGGAGGGCGGGUGGGCCUUGUUAUGUUUGUGCUGUGCAGGCGGCUAGUCAGGCUGGACUACGGACUGGGGUGUUGAUUUGGGUUUCUUGAGGACUUGAUGAAAUAGUUGUGAAUUGCGACUUGGUUUUGUUUGAAGUGCUUUCUGAGUGGUUGUCUUUUCGUUUUUCAAGUCUUGUAGUCUAUGUUCUUCUGUUUAUUGCUGGUAGCCCUAUCAUUUCUUCCAUGGUAAUAUUUCUCAAUCUUCUCUUGUAUUCAUUUCUCUCGAAUAUAGUAUCAUUGUAUCACAGUAUUAAAAGCAAC